ACACAUAAAAUUUCAAUAAACAAUUCAUUAUUGGUAAAGAAAAUAAAAUAGAAAUAAAUUCAAUAACAAACUAUUGAAGAUGUAUGCCGUUUUGGCGAAAACAUCAUCACUGCGUAGUGAUGGCUCCUUUGCUCUAUGGUGAAUGAAAUUACUUUAGUUUCUCUGUUUUUCGUUACUUUCGGACAUAACUUAUCUUAUUUCAUUAACUUGGACCAAAUUGUUUCUUUGAUUUUCUCAAAAAAGUAUUAAUGAUUCAGAAACAUUAUAUCGGCUUCUUUUGUAUAUGCUUAAUAUACAAAACAAAAUGUAAACAUAGAAGGGAAACAAGAGCAAAAAAUAGACAAAUGCUCUAACAAAAAAUCAAUAACAAACUAUCAAGAAUGUCUCUAUUAGUGAAGGAAGAAGGAUUUAUCAAUUAGUGACCCAUUAUAAUGAGUACUGAAUUUGGUCCAUUACGAGACAUGAAGGCCUUAUCAGGAGUUAUCACACAAGGAAUAUUUUUCUUUCUUCGUAAAAAAAAGAAAAGCAAAUAAAGAAUCAAAAAUUUAAAAUCUAAAGAUGAUCACAUUAGGCCAUUGUGAUUGAUAAGAAAAUGUCACUGUGAACAUUUCAACUUUCAACAUUAUCUUGGGAAGAAAAGGACAUUCAAGGAGACAAAAAGUUUGAAAAUAAUAUGAAAAGGAAAAGAUGAAAACAGAUAUUUGCGUGAAAGAACUCAAAAUGUGUUUUGCACUAAUCCCUAUGUUGAAUACAUUCCAAUAACAUCCUCUCUUGUGGAACCCCACUCUAAACCUACAAAACUAAAGUAAAUAAAUGCUAAUUAGAAAUCCACAAGAAAAGUGACCUCUUAAUACUAAAGUAGACUUGAUGGUGUACAAGUAUUUUAUGCAAGAUUAGUGGAUCCAUAUUCCCACUUUUAUUUGAAAAUGAAAAAUCUGAUGAUUUCAAUCCUGAUAUUGAGGCCAGCUUUAUAAAAAUCAAAAUUUAUUUUAGUAAAGAAUACACAAGAUACAUACAAGCACUAUGGGAUUGAAAAUUUGAGACUGAAAAAUAGUGAAAGAGGUGAUGAUUGGUAAAGCAGCAUGCCCACUCAUCAUAUCUUUAGAUUCAUCUUUAUUGGAAACAAUGAGUUGUGUGUCUCAUCUCAAAAAAACUUAACCAAAUUCUCACUUUCUCUUCUAACAAAGCAAUCAGAAAAUGUUCGAAAGUGCAUCUCUUUAAAUAAAUUCACAUUGUUGAUGACAAACAAUAAAAAACAAACCCACAUUACUUUUUUAUUAAAGCAAUAUGUAACUUUAUUUCAAGAAAAAACACCAUGCCUUGAAUAAACUUUAUUUAUGGAGAAUGAUGAUAGAGAAGAGUGUUAGCACUAUUAAUACAUUGGUCAUUUCAGAUGGAAAUGACAUAAAUUGAAGUGCUCUUCAACAUCACAGAGCUCCCAAAAUCUCACAAUCAAAACCAAGCCCAAAAACAACAAAAAAUGGAAGAUCAACAACAGCAGCAGCAACAACAACAACAGUUCCAGCAACCUCUGGUUGUGUAUCCAUCUUCUUCUACUUCAACACCUUCCUCUUAUGUGCCACCUUCGUCAUCUGGUUCAAGUGGCUCAUUCGGUACAGCUUUCAUAGUUAUAGCUGCGAUCCUUAUCUUAGCAGCACUGGCUUGUGUGUUUGGAAGGCUAUGCAACCGCGGUUCCAAAGAUCACAAAAACAAAAACAAACCCUCAAAGCAUGAGAAGCCGUCGUCAAAGAAGAGCCGUGAGAUCAGACCUGUGGAGCGUGAGCCAAGAGAGAGAGGUGAUGAUUUGGAGUUUGGGUUUGAUAUAAAGCGUCCUGGUCCAAUGAGCAAACCUUCUGGUCCUAUGAGCAAACCAUCUGGUCGAAACGGAGGAGACAUUGAGUUUGGGUUUGAUAACAAGAGAGGAGGAGGAAAGAAAGGACCACCCCCGGUUGUUAAACAUGGAGUAAGGUUCCAGUGACCGGCAAAAUGGUGGUUGGGGCUUCAAGCACCGGUCAGGAGAAUGAUCUAAAUAAGACAAGAGACUUACUCAAGCUUGUUUAGCUUUAUCUAUUUCUUGUUUGUUUUUGUUUGUAGUGUUUCUUGUUUUGGGUCUAUUGGUUUUGUUUCAUAUAAGUAUGGAACUUUGGAUAUUAAGUUAUAUAUGAAAUCAAGAUGAUAAGUAACA